AUGGAAACCUUUAUAAAUCGAAAUGGUUUGAGGCUUGCCUACAAAUUUUCUAUAAAAAACCCAGAAGAUAAAAGAAUUUACAUAGUCUGCCAGAUGGUGUUUUUUGACAUGGACUCUUUUAUUUAUAGUUUUAUUAGUCAACAUCUUAGAGUCAAUACCUUUAGAUUUGAUUUUCCUGGAAAUGGAAAAAGCGAUGGUAAAUUUACUUAUGCAGGCCAUAUUAGUGAAGCUGGGGAUAUAGAUGAUGCUGUAAAAUUUUUAAAUUCUCUAGGCUAUAAAGUUGAAGGAAUUAUUGGGCACUCAAAAUCUGCAAUUGAUGCAAUUAUUUAUUCAGCCAUUUAUGGACAGAUCAGACAAAUUUUCGCGAUUUCUCCUAAAUUUGACAUGAGUUAUAUUCCCCAAUAUAUGCGCGAAAAUGACGCAAUAGUCAAGGCUAAUGGGCAUAUUGUUCGCUAUGCUUUUGGAUGCACAAGAGAGAUGAUUGAUGAAAUAAUGAGUAUUGACAUGAGAUAUUACUGUCGAAGAGCACAAGGUGAAUUUUAUAUUAUUCAUGGCAGUUUAGAUGAAAUUAUUCCUUAUAUAGAUUCUCUACAGUAUGCGAGUGCCUUAAAAGAAAAAUGUAAAGGCCAUUAUACGUUAUAAUAUUUUUGCUUGAUUUAGCCAUCAAAAUUAAAAAAAAUUUUUGUGUAAAAAUAAAAACAAAAUAAAAUCAAUAAUAGGCAAAAUAAAGAAAAAUAGGAUGGAAUGCGAUCAUUUGCUGAAUGGAGCACUUGACGAAGUCGUCGAAAUUAUUCAUCAUGCUAUUGAAAAUUAA